AUGGACGUCCCUCAACUUGAUUCUAGUAGUAUAGUCUCUCUUGUUGAGUCUCCGGUUCCAAUCGAUCAGUCACGAAAGGUAUUCCCUAGCAUACAAUAUUUUUCAUGUAAUGGGAUACUUCUUAUAACAUAUGCUGAUAAAAUAAUCAUGUUGUGGAACCCGGCCACAAGAGAAUCAAGAAGAAUCCCUAGUCCAAUUUGGAGCAAGACCUGUGGUCUUUAUAAUUUUUGCUUCUUUCCACGUAUUGCAGGCUACAAAAUAUUUAGACUAGGACUUGGAAUUGCUACUGAUGACAUGAAUAUUGAUAUAUUUUCAACGAAAAGUAACAUGUGGAAAUCGAUUGGGAUGUUUCCUCCAAAUUAUUAUUUCUUAGGUGGUAACGUUGUUAUGGCAGAUGGGAUUGUUUAUAUGAUGGCGAAGAGGAAGGAAAAUUUAUCUAAUUAUAGUAUAUUACGUUUUUGUUUGGAGAAGGAACAAUUUCAAGAGGAAUUAUUGUUUUCAUACGCGAUACCAAGGAGAACACAUUUUUUGUAUUCUCUAGGAGAAAAACUUUGUUUGAUUAGAUUAUGGGAUGGUAAUCGUGAGUUUUGGUUGUAUACGAUGGAGACAAAUUCAUGGUAUAAGAUAUUGACGAUUCCAUUAACUCCGAAAAAUUGUUUGAAACCUUUGAGUUUUAUGAAGGAUGGAGGCAUGAUGUUUAUGAAGGAAGGAGACAUGGUGUUUCCAAAGUACGAUAGCUCUGGGUUUGUGUCUUACAAUUCAACAACACAUAAAUUGGAACAAGUUAAUGUAGCUGGAAUCAAAGGACUUCACUUCAAUAAGGUUAUAAUCUAUGCGGAAACUUAUUCCUCUCUUUAUUUGUAA